CAGGCGACUAAUUCUACUGAGCUGUUCUGUUCUGUUCAAUCUCUCGCAUCACAUUUUUUAUUUAAGAAUUUCUUCAUACUUCUUUUUUGCUCUAUAAGCAACCACACCGGGUGGUAAAGAUCGGUCGAGAAAGAAGAGAGUUUGUUCUAAUGCGUUCUAGGGAAAGAAGUAGAGUACACACACGCACAAGAAAGCGACACAUAAUCAUAGCACAUCAUAACAAGUGACUCGUAAGCGCUCGAAAUAAUAAAUAAGUGGCAGACUGCGUAGCACCAGCCGCGACUCCCUACAGUGGGGCAGAAACAAAACAGUGAAAGAAGCAGCGCAACCAACACACACAAAAAAAAAAGAAAAUAGCUGCGAUCACAGAAAAGGGAUAUCCAUCCUAGCACGACUCGCAUAUCAAAUUCUUGUCACUUUCACCCGCUUUCACUCCAUCACAUUAGUAAGGGGAUUGCAUUUAGUUUCAUUUCAGUGCUUUGCCUCCUUCCCAUCUGCUGCAGUGCUCUGGUAGUUAUGCGCGUUGGCACUGUGUAUAGCACAGAAAAGGAAUGGGUAAGACAAAUUGCGACAAAAAAAACGGAGGCCAGAAUAUGUUUGCAAAAACAAGAAAAUUCAUGCAAACCGUAUGCUAAGGGCUGUGCAAUUGGGCCAUGAUCGUUUUGCAUUGCAUUUGGUAGAACAGCCGAGCCACGGGGUUUAAAAAAUAUAAGGAAAAACAAUCACACCUCACUGGGUCUUCCUACCGAGACCCCUACGUCCUCGCUGCGAGUUUUAGUUUUUCCAGUAGCUUAACCUGACCUAACCUUUCCCCGUUCUGCUUUGCUCUGGGUGUUCGGGUUUCCCUGUGGCCGGCGAACCAGAGAAGCGAUGAAAAAGAGCAGGAUUAAAUGGAACGUGACAAGCGGAGGGAGAAGCCACUGCACGCAGCGAGUAGAUGUCACAGUCGUAUAAUUUGUUGUUUGUUACUGCUCGCGUUAAACAGUAGGAUUGGCGGCAAGUGGGACGAACGAGCGGAAGAUGUGCGGGAUCGACGAGGAUCAUGCACAUCAUUCCACGGAGCUGCGCGACCGAGUACGAUCCUGCAUCACAUACGCUCGAUGGCAAUGAUGAUGAUGAUGAUGAUCAUGAAGCUGAACACGCACACAUGGUAGAAGUUCGGAAAAUCUUCGCCGUAACGAUCGAGAAGAAGGAGCAAAAAAGGGAAAACGCGUGUGUGUGUAUCGUGCUCGCAAUCGUGGUGACUCGCGGCGAUGCUGCGAAGAUCCCGGUUUGGAAUCACUAACCGCCGAACGAUCGACCGGGUCGGACGUAUUUUCCCAUUGCUCAUCGUGGAAGUUAUUUACGGAAUUGUGUAGUUGGUGUCGAUCGUGAUCUAGUGGAUAAUUGUCUACGAGUGUAUAAAGUUUGUGUUUUUAAGGACAUUAUUGUCUGUGCAGUGAAUUUUCCAGUGACUUUCAAUGCUUUCGUAUUAGCUAGACUGUCUUCCCGUGUGUGUGUUUAUUUUGUGCAAUAAAUAGCUUCGUGAUUCAGGAUGGCACUGUUAACACCAACAACUCCUUCCACGGGAUUGGCCGGCUCGGUCGAUCUGUGCGCGAGCAGUUUAAAAUCGUUCGAUCUGAAGCAUGGCUUUUGUCUGCCGGACGAUACCACUAUGGACGUUUGCUACAGUGCGAUUAGUUGUGGCAUGAACGAGGGCAAAGCUGAACAAUCCCACAAUCCAUCUUACGGUGCCGAUUGUGGUCAACAUGCACUGCACCAAAGCUAUACACCGAUGUCCGCUCCGCCCGUGGUGGGAUAUGCCGGUUCCGCUGGGGAGUGCAAUUUCCCGCCGGAAAGCACGCAGUUUCAUCAGUUUCCACAGCAGCAGGACACGUUCAAGCAGAUGGGGAGCUGCCUCUACACAAACCCUUCCAAAACGGACGACCUGUUCUUCAAGUUUGACCCGGAGUACAUCGAAAAGCUGCAGUCCACGUCAAGCAUAAUGCUCUCACCGGCGGCAACCAUUUCAAGCACGCCACUGACGUGCCAAAGUUUGAUAAGCUGCGCUAGCAGUUGCACCACCACCACGGAUUACUACAACUACAAUGAAGCGAAUUGUCAGUCGAAGAAUCAGUCACCCUGUUCCUCUCCAUUCGCUGGAGACUCUUGGAUAGACAAUGGAUUUACGCUGAACCUGAUGAAUUUAAAUGGUAGUGGCAACGGCGUUGCCGUUGGUAGCUCCUCACCAAAGCGAACCAAUGGAGAGUUAGGGACGGGAAUGGGACGACCCGAUACGAUCACACCGACGACUCCACCGAAAAGCAGUACCGCCACAGUACUGCCCUCGAUACACAGUGCCUUCGGUGGUACGAUCAGUGGCCAGUUUGAACAGUGUGGCCAUGCUGGGUCCAAAGCCCAUAAUAACCCAUCUGGCGUGGAGCCAUCGAUGAACUACAUUAUGGAGUUCCUGGAUACAUCGUUCUUGGAGCAGUACAGCAACACCACCAAGGCAGGCGAUAGUUGCUGCAACCCGGUUGCCCAACCGGGUGACUCGGAUCUUGCGACGCAAGAUUCGUACAGCUAUUCGGCUGACAACUAUUACAAACCGAUCCAGGGCGCCGACAAACCGAACCGUGAGUUUAAGGACAUCUGGCGAAACAGCGCCAGCAGCGUCACGUCCGGAAACCUCUCGCCGGAUUGUAACCAAAUGGGGCUGCUUGUGGCCAAACAGGAACCGCUGGAUAUGAUUGAUGAGCCGGCGGACGUGGAUGAAUCCUUCGUGUCGUCCAGCUCGCCGCGCGUAUGCCUCUGGAGCGGUUGCAAUAUGGAGUUCGCUGACCAGCAGCAGCUGGUAUCGCACAUCGAGAAGCAGCACGUGGAACCGAAGCGUGGUGAAGUGUUCGGCUGCCAGUGGUUGGAGUGUCCGCGCCAGCAUCGACCGUUCAAUGCCCGCUACAAGCUGCUGAUCCAUAUGCGCGUGCACAGCGGAGAAAAGCCCAACAAAUGUCCGUUCCCCACUUGUAAGAAGGCUUUCUCUCGGCUGGAAAAUCUGAAAAUCCAUCAACGAUCGCAUACCGGCGAACGGCCGUACAACUGCCAGUUCCAAGGCUGCGCCAAAGCGUUCAGCAACAGUUCCGAUCGGGCAAAGCAUCAGCGCACACAUUACGAUACGAAACCGUACGCAUGUCAGCUGCCCGGGUGCAAUAAGCGCUACACCGACCCAUCCAGCUUGCGCAAACACGUCAAAAACCAUGGCAACCGCCCGGCGGACGUCCCGGUGCGCAGGAAAACGCAAGACAUUCCCGCAGCGAGGCGAUUCUCCGAACCGAUCAUGUCGAGCCUGGAUACGUUCCAGUUGGAAUCCUAUAAGCAAACGGCGUCCAAUUUGGAUGAGCUCGACGAUGUGUUCGAUAAGCCUUCGAAUUUGGUGCAGGAAGAGCUGCCCGGCGUUGAUGGUACGAAUGUACUAUCGGGGCAGCGUACCACUAUGGACGACUUUAACGACAUGUCUAACUGUUUGAUGAAAAUCCUGCAGCAACAACCUACCGGCGGUGCCGGCACGGACAGCAACGCGGGGGGAAUUGAAAGUAAUCGCUAUUUGAUGGAAAAUUUGGGACUUUCGUUUGAAAAUGAAGCAACCUAUUCAAACGAUGAAUGUACCAUGCUGGAAGUAUCUACCGCGGGAUGUCGCAUGAUGAACGAGUCCGACUGUAACGGUGAGAAAACACUAGCGUUUGCAACUGACUUCGACUAUUUCGGAGCAGUGGUUUGAUUAGUUAGGAGAAGUGAGGUAAAGAUUAUUAUUAAAGACAGAGAUUAUUUUCAUAGGAUUAAUUACACAGAAUUAGCGGUACAUACAUAGACGCUGUAGAUUAAUAGGAGUGCUAUUUCGCAAUUCAAGAUCUUCCAGCAACUCACCAUUCUUGAAGAGUACUUCCAAGCAUACCAAGUUUGUGCAAUUUGUCUGCUUAGAUAGAAUAGUGCUUAAUAGGAACACUGUUCCCUAGGUGUCCUUGUUAUCGUAGGUGUCAGAUUUGAUAGAGGAAAUAGGUUACAUUCGUUUGAUCUGAUGAUCUUAAAACGAUCUUCCAUCUUUGUUAUAUGUUUGUUGUAAACUCUGAUAUACACUCUAAAGACAUUUCCAAAGAUGUUGUUUUCCUCUGACUCUUUUUGUGUGAAAGCAUAGGUUAUCAUAGAUUACUAGUUAUCAUAUAAGCGAAAUUUUGACUACUUUUAUUUCACCGUUUUAAGUAUUUUUAGAACAAUUCGACAAAGCACUUUCUCACAUGUGACGUUCAUUUGAAGCAAAUGUGAUUUUUGGCAUUAAGUGGCAGGACAAAACACUGUACAAAAAACUGCAGCACAUCAUGUUGACGGAGAUGUUAGUAUUAAUGAGUUAUGCUUAAAUGCAAAAGAUUUAUUUUUUUCCUUACCAAGCCAUGUAUACAUUUUGCUAUGCAAAACAAAGACAACGUUAGUUUGAUUUUAGGUAGUAUCGAUUUUUUUAUAUAAAAGACAUUGGAAAGACAAUUGUUUAUGUGGAAUGUAGCGUUAUCGAUGUAAAAUCAAUAAAAACGAUUAAAUGUA